UAUUCCGCUAAAUGGCUUCUCUCCACUCUGGGAAGGUUUUGCCUUAAAAUGACUCUUUAUUAUAGGAGAUGAAGUACUGGUAAUUUUCAAGUGACAGGGCUGUCAAAUUGUGAUCGUUGGCUAAUUCCUCCUGAAACCAUAAUUAUGAGUUACACCGUUUUAUUACUGAUAGAGAGGCAAUCAGGAGAGCUCCCUAUGUUACCGUCCCGGCCUUGGCAACAUUGCUCACUUAGGCUGCCUGGGUAGCGAUUCGGCAAAUUUCUUCAGACUCUGACCACUCAAGAGAACCCAGGCAAUGGCUUCUAUUAAGAUAGAGACUGUUCUGAAGGAAAAGAACCGGAUGGGAGAGUGUCCUGUGUGGGAUGAAAAGACUGGUCACCUUGUUUUUGUGGAUAUCAAUGCACAAAAAGUUUGCAGAUGGAACCCAAUCACUGGGGAAGUACAGAGUAUGACUUUGGAUGCCCGUGUAGGAUGUGUGGCCCUCCGAGAGUGUGGGGACUAUGUUGUAGCCUUUGGAACCCGGUUUGGUCUCUUGAACUGGGAAAACCAAUCAGUGACCACUGUUUCUCAUCUUGAGCAAGAUAAACCAAACAAUAGGUUCAAUGAUGGCAAAGUAGAUCCAGCUGGAAGAUUUGUGGCUGGUACAAUGCCUGAAGAACCUAUCUCAGGAGUGUGGGAGAAACAACAAGGAUCUCUCUAUACUCUCUAUUCAGAUUGCUCUGUGGUGAAGCAAUUGGACCAACUAGGCAUCUCAAAUGGAUUGGACUGGUCUCUGGAUCACCAAAUAUUCUACCACAUUGAUAGCCUGACAUAUGCUGUGCAUGCUUUUGACUAUGAUCUACAAUCAGGGAAAAUUGCCAAUAGAAGGCUUCUCUAUAAGCUGGAAGAGGAAGAAAACAUGCCUGAUGGUAUGUGCAUUGACACUGAAGGAAAGCUGUGGGUGGCUUGCAUUGAUGCGGGGAGAAUAAUACGCUUGGAUCCUGAGACAGGAAAAAGACUGCAGACAGUGAAGAUGCCCACUCCUAGGAUUACAUCCUGCUGCUUUGGUGGAAAGGAUUACUCUGAACUCUACAUCACUUCAGCCUCUGAUGGCUUGAGCCAAGAAGAAUUGACAAAAGAACCACAUGCAGGAGAGAUUUUCAAGGUAACUGGACUGGGUGUGAAAGGAAUCCCUCAGUAUUCCUUUGCAGGUUGAACACUUCAGGUCACAAAAAUUUCAUCAAGAAGUCUUUCAUAACAAGAGGUUUGGCAAUUGUCAAUGCUGUAAAGUUACCCAUACAUAUAACCUGUAAAUAAAAGGCUAUUAAAUAAAAAAAAAAAAGUCUUUCAUAUUUCAGAGGAAUUUAAACCUGUAACACAGUCCUGUAGUCCUGUGUGGUACUUAUUUCUGUACUUAUACUCUAUCUCUUUCAUGACUCCUUAACAGAUUUAGACAAUAAAGAUAUAUGCAUUAUGCUAA